AUGAAGUUCGGCGAAUUAUUCGAGAGGGAAUCGGUUCCCCGUUGGAGUCUACACAACAUCGACUACAACUCGUUGAAGUACCAGAUCAAGACCCAUACGACCAAGAACCAAGUCAAGGCCAUUGCCACCCGGGGGGCCGAGGACACUGUGCUGCAGAAGUUCGAAAACGGCUUAUACCAUGAGCUCUGCCGGCAACACGACAGAGUCGGGCUUUUCGUCUCCAGCAAGGCCGACGAGAUAAACAGACGUUUGCGUCAUCUCGCCGGGCUCGUCCACAGCUUACUCGUCCAAUGCACCGACUCGCGAGGCGUGUCUCGCAAGAGACAAAAGAAGUUCGCCAAAUACCAGCAACAAAUAGGGGAAUGCGGCGACGAUAUCAGGGAUCUGGAGCGCUUCGUCAACGCUCAAACGAUUGCCUUUCACAAAAUCCUCAAAAAGUACAAGAAAUGGACCGGAUCCACGACCCUCAGCAGUCGCUUUAGGAACGAUGUCCUGAGUACUUAUAAAACUUUUACGAAACGCGACUUCCACCCGCUGCAAACACAACAUCGAGAACUCCUCGCAACACUAAACGCCGCAUCUCCUGGCACCUCUUCGCCCGCCGGGCCGGCCGAUCGCGAUAACCCCCAAGACCACAGUAAUAGAACAUCAACCCGACCCUCCCACAGCGAUUACCAGACGGAAAGCCGGCGCCCAUCGCGGACUCCAACCUUGGUACUACACAGACAAGAAGCAUCGCAACCGCCGAGGUACUGGAACGAGUAUGACAACGGCAGCGAGGCGGGAGGUGACGAUGAUGACGGCUACGCCAUAUAUAUCAACCCCAGUGAGUCGGAGACGUUUCCCGGCAUGGACAAACUUCGAAGCAUGUUCAGCACCCCCGUCAACACGAUACGUAGUAUCAUCUCUCGCUCUUCUGGCCGGACUGCGGAGUGUCGUUCACUCCUGCACGACGCGGAUUCUCCGACAGAUUAUUUCGGUAUACGUGUACGUCAGUCAUCUCGGUCCAGCGACAAUGAGGUUACCGACAACGAAGACACUUCGUCAACGGAAUAUCCAUCCACUGGCUACGCGACACACUACGCUGCCCUGCCGAGCAUUGAAGAACAACGGGUGGAAAGAUAUCGGGAGAGGGUUCACCACCAUCUCACCGUAGGGGGCUUCGCCGUCGCCGCCGUGCUGCUGAUGGUAGCUGGCGUGCUCGUGGCUACGGGUCGGCACAAGAUGAGACUGGAAGUGGACGCGGCCGCAACGCUCUCUAUUGUCGCCAGUUUGGGUGCUAGCUGUUUGGGACUCGGCGGCAUGCUGUAUCGCCAUGAUGCUCUGGGUUUCAUAUACAAAGCUGUUGCUUGGGUGGCGUUUAUUGGCAACUUCGUGCUCAACGUCAUGUUACUUGUCCUGAUCGUGGGUAGUAAUGGCUUAUGA